UCCUGCGCCGCUGCCCCAGGGCCUUUGCCAACGUUCCCCUAGCAGGAGCCGCCCCCCCCCCCCCCCCAUUGAGGAUGAGCCCUCUCGCAACGCGCCGGGCUUCCCGACGGAAACUCGAACUCAGGCCAGGGUCAGGGCGGCCGGACGGCUGCAGAGGGAGGCCCACGGGCGUCAGGCCGCCCCUGGGUGGGCCUGGAACGCCGAGGUGACACGGCUGGGGGCGCGGGUGCGAACCCACACUGACGACCAGGGUCGGGAAUCCAGGGGCUGGGAGGCGUGUGGCACAGGUGUGUCCCCCUGCCCCGUAGGAAGGGAUGCCUGGUGCCCGGGCGGGGCGGGGGGCUCGGGGUCCCCACACUCGGUGCCCGCUCGGGCGAGUCGGAUGGGUGCCCCCCCCACUGCAGGAGCCGCCCGGCCUCCCCCCCCCCAGCCUUGCCCGCCAGCUGCUUCCCUCAUUAAUGAUUUAGGGCGACGGUGGAUGUGGGAUCACCUUGUGUUCCUUGGCUCCUCUGCAGGGCAGGAGCCGGGGAGGGAGGAGCCGGCCUGGGGCGCGGAGGGUGGGGAGGGCCUGCAUCUCCGGGGAACAGGGGGCCUGCUCGGCCCCAUUCCUCUUUUCAGAUCAGAUGGGGGUGGGGGGGUGCAGUGCCUCAGUUUACUCCUUUGUGGAAACCAAGAGGCAGGACCCGGCCAGUCCUCCUGCGGGCUUUCCCCUGUUUCACUUGGAAACAGUUAAUAGUUUCAGAAUAUUUAUUCCCGUGUUUGUUUACUGGCGCCUGGAUUAUGAAGGCGGUUGGGUGGGGGGCAGGGCAGGGGACAGGGUGUGGGCUGGGGGAUCAAACCGGCUGCCCCGGGCUGCAGCCCCACCCCUGCCCCCGUGGGUGGCCUGGAGCCUCGCCUGGACCCCGGGGAGCUGGGAGGCGCCACCGGAAUGCCUUACUGGGCCCGAUGAUGGCCCUGGGCUGGGGUCCUGCGCCCCAGGCCCCAGGCUGCCGGCCCAUCCUCCUCCUCCAUCUCGGCCUCUUCCUCCCCGUCCCCUGCCAGGCCCCGUGCAGGCCCCAGCCCCAGGGGGACCCCAUCCCUGCGAGUCCUUCCCUCGGAUCGUCCGGGACGCCUCUCGGUCUCCUCCCAGAUGCAGCCCGUCCCUGCCGCCCAGGGGCCUGAGCUCCGCUGGCCACCUCCCGCACCCUUUCCUGUCGCAACUAUUUAAUCCUCCGCUAGGAAAUACUUUCAUUUCCUUUCCCCAAACACAGAGGUCGGGGAGCGGCCUGAGCGUCUCAGCCAAUACGAGGCGGGACCCAGGCGGCUCCCCCUGGGGAGUGGGUGCUGCAGAGGGGUCCUCCGCGGGGUCCGCCUGGAGCCCCCCGACGCAGCGGCUGCGCUCCUCAGGGUGUGCCCCACGCUGCCCGCAGCCUCAGGCCUUGACCAAAAAGUGCAAGGACCCAUGUCCUCCAGCAGGUAAACGGAGACACAUAUGUCCCCCAUGCACGGACACGUCCCCGGCCUCGAGCAGGAGCGAGGCGCCCACGCCACCCCAGGGAUGGACCCCGGCCCACAAUGCUCAGGGAGGGAACCAGACGCUGGAGGCCCCACGGGGUGAAGACCACACGUGUGACACGUGCAGGGGCUCAGGGGGCUGGGCAGGGGUGGGGGGUGACGGCUGGCGGCCAGGAUUUCUUUCCCGGUGUUGAGACGACACAUCGCCCCUGAUUGUGCCGACGGGUGCACACUCCGGAAAGCCAGGGGAGCGCAGGCCGGCCGGCGAGCAGCGAGGGUGCGAGUCUCAGGUAAUAAAGCUGCUUUUCAGAAACCCUGCGUGUGAAGCUCAAGGGCCGUGGGGGGGGGGGUGAGCCCGCGGGACGGUGUGGUGUCCCCUCACGGGGUUGCCUGCGUCCCGUCCCGUCCCCGUCCCCGCGACACCGGCCGAGCACCCCGGUAUGUGCCCAGGACAAAUGCGUUCAGACCAGUGACCAGCUGCGACCAGAGCCCCGGGCAGCGCUCGGUGAGCAGCAAGUGGCUUAGCAGGCGGCGCCCAGGGGCGCUCGGGCCAUCGGCCUCGGAGGCUUUGGGACCCGCACGCUUCGCUCUCCCUAAGGUGGAGCUCGGGGAAAACUCGACGGAGAAAAUCCCGUGGGCUCGCUGUUGGCACGCGCGUGGCCCGCGGUCCCCGAUGGCCGAGCCACAGCCUGUCCCCUGCCCACCGUCUCGAGCGUCUCCAUGUAAAGACGCCCCGUGUGGCUCACGUUACUGAUUCCUGGGCAUCCAGCCCCAGGCAGCAGCACCGAGGGACAAAGUGCCCCCAACACAUGCGUCUUCCCCAAAAGGCGCAUCGCGGCUGUCACAAGGCCCGGAGCCCUAGGGGUCACCGUGAAGCACGAUCGCCCACAGACACGCGAAACACUCAGCCUCCGGAAGCCUCGGGAGGGGCUGCUCCGCCCCAGAGCUCCGUCGUGGGGUGGCUGCUUCGGCUCAGGUCACGGUCCCGGGGUCCCGGGGUCCUGGGGUUGAGCCCCACGUCAGGCUCCUGGCUCAGCUCGCUCUCCUCCUCUCUCAGAGAAGUAGAUAAAUAGAAUUUUUAAAAACGGAAAGGAGGAAGGAAGAGCCCUCCUCUGCCCCCGGGGCUGACACGGGGCGGCCGGGCCGGGCCUCCCCCCGCUGACGCUGCCCAGGGAGCGCCCGGAGUGACCACAAACCCGCCAGGAAGAUCGAGUGACAGUGACCCGGACAAACGUUCCAGGGGAUCUUAGAGAUCCGUCUGCGGAUACCCGCGCACGAGCUCCAGGGCGGGGGCGACUUCGCAAACCCACAAUCCUGAAGAACGGGGCCCGGGGUUUGACCCGCAGCGCCCGGCAAGCUGGUCGCCGGCCCCACGGGGUGUGUCGUGCUGACCAUGGCGGGGCGCACGCUGACUCGGCAGCCGUAGGCUCUGGAGGCCGCACGGUCACCAGGGGAGGGCGCGGCCUUGGGGUCCCCGUCGCUGGACGUCGUCCCGAGGGGCUGAGUGGAAGGAACAGCAUCAGAGGCAGAGGGAACGGCAGCCUUGGGCCGUACAGGGUCCCAGAGGCAGGCGAGGGCGGCCUGGGCUAGAUGGGGGGGGGGGGGCGGCCGCACGGGGAGGGAAGCACGCGGACGGUGGUCCACGGCCACCACGACUCCCGCGCCGGGGGCCGUCCCCCUGAAGACCCCCUGAGCGGGCGGACCAGGAGAACACAGAGCCCUGGGAGGCCGUGGGGGGACGAGAGAAGCGCAAGGGUCGGGUACGGCCUGGGUCAGGAGGGGUCGCCCUUGGGGGCGGCGGGCAGGGGGUCCCUGGGUCUGUUGGGGAUGCGCCCGUGGAGACACAGAGACCGCAGUUCGCCAGUCGUAUCGGCUCUAGUCCGUCCCCAAGGUGUGCAGCGUCCCAGGGGUCAAUUCCAGAAGGUUCCAUCGGGUCCCCUCAUGGUGCGGGGUGGGGACUGCAGCAGCCUGGGGUUGGGGGGACACAACCAGCCCGUGACAGACGCCGGGGAGGGGAGUCCUGGGUCCCGGGGGGCGCUCUGUGCUUCACCUUUAAGGAACCUCGGAGGACGUUCCCCGCGGCCCUGUCCGGGGCUCCCGUCCUCCACGCCUGGCGUUCCUGCUGCCGCCCCCUCGGCGCCCGUGUCCCCCUGUCCCAGGGCCCCCCUCGCGGCACCCAGGCCUGGGCUGGGCUGUCUCUGUCAAGGUGCAGAUGGCGGAGCCGCAGGCUGGAGACUUGGUGCCUGCGUGGGAUGUCGGCCGGGCCGCAGGACGUGGACGACGCACGGAGCCAGGGCAGCGACCCUUGGCAGCUGUGACGGCCCCACAGGAAGUGGCCGCCGCGACACAGAGGCAGGAAGGGGGGUGCACGGGGAGGCGCGGAGGGCUGCGGUGGGGGAGGUCCUGCCCCCAGGUGUGUCCACAUCCUGACCUCCAGCGCCCGUCACCGCGACCUUAUUUGGAAGUGGGUCAGACCGAGGUCCCGCCGAGCGGGGUGGCCCCGAGGAUGGCUGGCGACCUCGUGAGGCGACUGUGGACCCAGAGGCCGGGAGAAGCACGGGCUGACGUGGCGCAGAUGGGGGGAGCAGCCGCGAGCCCGGCCCGAGGGCACCAGGGCACCGGCCCACUGCCCGCCCCACCCCAGGAAGGAGCCCGGCCUCCUGCCCCGACCCGAAGACAUGUGUCGUCGCUCCCUGGAAAUGCGGGGACCACGCUACGCCCACGGGACUGCGGGGCUGGGCAGGCGGACGGCGGCCCUGACGUGACAGGGGAGCCGCCUGCUUCCGCGGCCCCUGCAAAAUUCAUGAAAAGGAAGAUGUCUCGAUCCCGCGGAGGGAACGUGAGCCGGGCGCUACUUCUGGAAGGAUCCAGGCACAGAGAAGGGAGCAUCCCCCCCACCCCCGCCAGCCCGCGGGAUUCUGGGGCAGAAGGCACAGUGGCCUCGAGCCUCAUAACAGGUGUUUCUGCACCGAGGUUGAACGAGGGACCAGCGAGCUCAUGGAAGGACGCCCACAGGGGGAAGCUACGUGGACCCCGGUUCACAGGCCCCACCACCCCCCCCCGGGGCAGGUGACUCGCAGGGGAUCCAAGGCCGGAGUCGCCCACCCUGCGGGAUGUGGGAAGAGCAGCAGCUGCGCCCCUGGAGGCCGAGGCCGGAGGCAUGUGCGUCCCUGCACAUGCGUGUCUAGGCCCCUGGGGGGGGCUCCCCGUCCUUCCUGGGGUGUUCCCCUGUUUUCUCCAGGGUUAGAUGCUCCCUGUGCAGGUUAGACGUGGGGAAGAGCAGGAGCGGCCGGCACGUGUGUCCUCGGAGGCCGUGGGCGCUUCCCGUGCACCCACCCAGCUGGCCGGGCCCAGGCUCCCACCCGGAGCCGGUUACAGUCAGCAUCUGGGGGUCUCGGGGGAUGGAGGGACGGAGCCCCGCGCCCCCAGCCCGCCGCUCACACCCGUGCUCUCCCGCAGACAACUACGUCUUUAAGUAAAAGUUUGCGUUUUGGAACUUUUUUUUUUUAAGAUUUUAUUUAUUUAUCCAUGAGAGACACAGAGAGAGAGACAGAGACCCAGGCAGAGGGAGGAGCAGGCUCCACGCAGGGAGCCCGAUGUGGGACUCGAUCCCGGGUACCCGGGAUCACGCCCUGGGCCGAAGGCGGCGCUAACCGCUGAGCCCCCCGGGCGUCCCUGCGUCCUGGAACUUUAUUCCGCUCACCAAGGGGACACAUGUUUCGUCGAUCAGAAGGAUCUCCUCCGUUCUCCCUUCUGCGCAUCGCGUGUCCUGAAACUUCCUGGAUGACGCCAACAAUCCUUCUGAAACGUCAUUUUUUUAAGGAAAUCGUGGCACAAUACACGUCGCAUAGAGUUUAUCCCCUUCACCAUCUCUACACGCGCUCAGGCUGUCGUGUAAGGGGCCCCACCAUCCGUCUCCAGAACCUUCCGUCUCCCCGCUCGGAGGCUCCAGGAGACGUGUAUGCCGUGGGGUGUGACAGCCGUGCCUCCCCCCGCCAGCCCACACUUCCCACUGCGGCCGCUCACACGUGCCGGCCUACCUGGCCUCUCGCACCCGCUCACGACUGGCUGGGUGGCAGGCGGCCCUAAGUGGGCGCCGCUCAGCGCACACGCAUCUCCACUGGGCCUGGCCCCGCAUUCUGCAGGGCCCGGCACCUCGGCCGCUCCCUCCCACUGGCCCAACAGCCAAGAGCCUUCCUAUCUGAACAGCAAAGCUCAGCAAACAAGAAGAACCCAGGACUGAGCUGACAGUCUCUUUCCCUAAAAUCCGAUGUCCUUAUGUUUUUAAAAGAUUGUGUGUGCAUAUUUAUUUAUUUGAAAGACGAGACAGAGAGAGCACGAGCAGGGGCAGAGGCAGAGAUAGAAGCAGACGCCCCCCUGAGCAGGGAGCCUGACGUGGGACUGGACCCCAGGACCCUGGAAUCAUGACCUGAGCUGAAGGUGGACACACAACCGACAGAGCCCCCAGAUGCCCCAUCCUUAUUUUUUUUUUAAUUUUUAUUUAUUUAUGAUAGUCACAGAGAGAGAGAGAGAGAGAGAGAGAGAGAGGCAGAGACACAGGCAGAGGGAGAAGAAGGCUCCAUGCACCGGGAGCCCGAAUUGGGAUUCGAUCCCGGGACUCCAGGAUCGCACCCUGGGCCAAAGGCAGGCGCUAACCCCUGCGCCACCCAGGGAUCCCCCCCAUCCUUAUUUUUUAAGGAAAGCUAUAUUUCAUCUCCUGUCCCAAGCAUCUCUGUCCAGUUGACCUGGUUUUUUUAUUUUUUUAAGAUUUUGUUUAUUUAAUUUUUAAUUUUUUUAUUUUUUUAAAGAUUUUUUAUUUAUUUAUUCAUGAUAGAUACAGAGAGAGAGAGGGGCAGAGACACAGGAGGCGGGAGAAGCAGGCUCCAUGCAGGGAGCCGAUGCAGGACUCGAUCCCAGGACUCCAGGAUCACGCCCUGGGCCAAAGGCGGAGCUAAACCGCUGAGCCACCCAGGGAUCCCCUCCAUCUGGUUUAAAAUCCUAGACAUUCUCCUGGUGGAAAAUUCUAGAAUCAAGUGGGCAGGUGCAGACCCUGUCAGCUUCUAUCUCCCCUUGUUUUCUUGGAGAUUUCCUUUUUGCUGAAGAUAAAAUAGGUCCCAACAGUAAAAACGAACGUACUGAGA